AACGAGAAAGCAAUCAUGUAAAAGAAGCUAGAGAAUAUUGAAGACGCAUUGUUGGAAUCGGGCCAAUUUAUUUACGGAGAAAAAACUGCUCUAGUUGUUGAGAAAACUUCUAUUCUGUCUCAAUUACAAGCCAUGACCGAGAAUAUGCAGAGUUUAGUGGGAAGAAACGCCGUUUUGGAGAAUUCACUAUCCACCGCCAAAAUCGAGCUCGAAGGUUUGAGGGAAAAAUCGAAAGGGUUAGAGGAGAUUUGCGAAUUGCUCAAGAACGAAAGAUCGUGUCUUUUGACCGAAAGGGGCAGUUUAGUUUCGAAGCUGGAAAAUGUGGAGAGAAGGCUGCAGAUUUUGGAGAAAAAAUUUAUGGGGUUGGAAGAAAAAUACACUGAUUUAAAGAAAGAGAAAGAAGACAUGCACGAUCAAGUCGAAAAGCUCAAGGUUUCGUUGGAUGAGGAAAAUCAAGAACGGACAAGCUCUCAGAUUUUGAGCGAAACCCGAUUGGCCGGGCUCGAAAAUCAAAUCAAUCUCCUUAAAGAAGAGAACACGUGUAAGAAAAAGGAAACAGAGCAAGAACUCGAUAAAGCUUUGAAAGCGCAGUUCGAAAUAUCCAUCUUGCAUAAAUUUAUAAAAGAUAUGGAAGAGAAGAACUACUCUCUCAUUAUUGAGUGUCAAAAACACGUCAAGGCAUCGAAAUUGGCGGAGAAAUUGAUAUCCGAACUGGAGGGUGAAAGUCUUGAGCAGCAAGUUGAAUCUGAGCUCCUAUUGGAUGAAAUCGAGAGGCUGAGAUUGGGAAUAUAUCAAAUUUUCAGGGGAUUGGGAAUUGCUCCUGAGGAAAAGGUUGUCGAAAACGAACAAACUUUCUUGCAUUGCAUUCUUGAAAGUAUUGAAGAUAUGAAAUGUUCUCUUUCGGAAUACGAGGAUGAAAAGCAAGAGCUCUUGGUUGAAAACUCGGUUCUUUUAACUCUUCUCGAACAGUUGGAGUCAAAGGGCGUCGAAAUCGAGACACAGAAAAUACCCUUGGAGCAAGAGUCGAAACUCAUGGCUGAGAAGCUUAGUGGUGUCGAACACGAAAAAAAUGAACUUGUGGAAAUAAAUGGGAAAUUGAAGUCGGAUGCGAGUGAAGGUCGUGAAGAAGCUGCUGUACUCGAGGCUGAAUUCGGGAGUCUUUGUGUCAAACAAGCUGAUUUGCAGAAGGCGUAUAAUGCCUUACAGGCAGUUUACUCGAAAGUGAAUCAAGAAAAUACGUAUUUGUUGAAGAAGUUUUCGGAUCUGAAAGAUGAGAAAUACAAGUUAGAUCGGUAUAACGAGGAUGCAAUUCUUGAAUUUUUAUCAUGUGCUAAUGUAUCUGAAGUCUUGAGGAGUUUCGGGAGAGAGAAAAUCGAAGAAGUGAAAUUACUUCUCGCAGAUCUGAAACGACAAAAUGAGGUCAAUGUUAGCCUCGAAAAGGAAAUGAGUGUGUUGAUAGGGAAGCUUGAGUUGCAAAAGGCGGAAAAUUUAGCCCUGAAAGAUGCCGUUUUUAGCUUGGAAAUCGAGAUGGAUGUGGUCAGAGAAUGCAAUGUUCGAAUGAACCAGGAUGUAAUAAAUGGUAAAGAGAGUUUGCUUCAAACACAAGCAAAGCUCUUCGAUGCAGAAACGAAGCUCGAAGCUGCGGAAAAAUCGAACUUAGCUCUGUGCACAACAAUGGCCGAAAUGAAGAAGAAAAUAAAACUAGAGAGCAGAAUUUGAGCAACGAAUUCGAGCUAUGGGAAGUUGAAGCAUCGACGUUUUGCUUUGAUCUUCAGGUUUCGUCCGUUAAUGAAGUCUUGCUGAAAAAUAAAGUGCAGGGGCUAACUGAGGUUUGUCGGAUUCUCGAGGAAAAAGAUGGUUCAAAGUCAACGGAGAUUGACCAAUUGAAAA